GUAACCGCCACCACCGCCGCCACCAUGCCCGGCUCCGGCGACGUAUAAAAGGGGCUCGAGCAACGAACACGGAGCAUCAGUCCUCAAAUUAAGCAGGAGGAACGAGCAUCAGAGUCCCAGCACUAUCGACGAAACCAUGAGGGCAUUCAUGAUCGUGGCACUGGCCACAGUGGCGAUGGCUCGCCCAGAGGCCGGCUACUCUUACUCCCAACCCCAGCCAAGCGGAAGCUACGGAACGCCAGGCGGUGGAAGCCUCGGCGGAGGCGGCGGAGGCCUCGGUGGGCUUGGCGGACUCGGAGGUUUGGGAGGUUUCGGAGGUGGCCACGGGGGUGGCUCAGGAGGAGGAGGAGGAGGCGGCUCCUUCGGCAGCGGUUCCAGUAGUUUCGGCUCGACCGCAAUCGGUGGAUUCGGCGGUGGUUCCUUCGGCGGCGGCGGCGGCGGCGGGGGCUCCUUCGGCGGCGGUUCCUUCGGAGGCGGCUCUUUCGGUGGUGGAUCCUUCGGUGGUGGAUCCGGCGGCAGUUUCGGCGGCGGUUCUCUCAUCCAAAAGCACAUUUACGUUCACGUACCGCCCCCGGAAGCCCCUGAAGAGAGACCCCAGCGCCCCAUCGCGCCCCAGGCGCCUGCCCAGAAGCACUACAAAAUCAUCUUCAUCAAGGCGCCGACCGCGCCAACCCCAACCGCCCCGGUUAUCCCGGCGCUCCCUCAACAGGACGAGCAGAAAACUCUCAUCUACGUUCUCGUGAAGAAACCCGAGGAAGCACCGGAAAUAAAUCUCCCAACGAUCGCUCCAACGCAGCCCAGCAAACCCGAAGUCUACUUCAUCAAAUACAAGACUCAGAAGGAAGUUUCCGGCGGUGGAGGCGGCGGAUCCGGUGGUGGAAUCGGCGGUGGAAUCGGCGGUGGAAUCGGCGGUGGAAUUGGCGGUGGAAUAGGAGGUGGAAUUGGAGGUGGUUCGGGAUCUGGUGGUGGGCUUGGUGACGGUCACGGAAGUGGACCAAGCGGCCCGAGUGGACCGAGCUCGAGUUACGGAGUCCCUGGACAAUCCGGCCCCUACUAGUCAAUUUACUUAAAGAACGUUAUAAAAGAGGACGAAACACGCUCACACGAACACAGCACCCACACACAUUGACAGGACCAGAGAAAGCGAGACCGAAUGCGGAAACCGUGAAAGCGAUUGACCCGGAAGGCCAGCAUAAUCAGCCGGACAGAUCGAUCGAAUAAUAACGAAUAAUUAAUAUAAAUAAGCUACGAAAGAAGCAAAAGUGAGAGAGAGAGAGAGAGACGAAGAAAGCACGAGGAGAGCUGAACUACUCGUUAAACUCGAAACCUUCUCCGUUCGAGAAGUCGCGCGACCCUCAACGAAAAACCGUUCUUUCAUUGUUUAUAUAUUAUCCUUUAUAACGAAUCUCCAAGUCCCUAAGACGAACCGGAAGAUUAAAAAGAGGACAACGAGUGAACGAAGAGCACGAGCAACAGAACAACUUCAAGUUUCCUCGAGUUGGAAGCUAAGCGAUCUGCCGAGGGUAAAAUCCCCGAUGUCGAUUUCUCGUACCGAUAUCGUUACCGAUCGAGCCCUUAUCGAUCGCCGAUUCUCCAGCGGAAGGAGCUUCCUGAGCACCGUUCGAAACGAUUCUAGAAAGAAUAAGCCUGUUGACCGAUCGACCCCGGGCCUUUGCCCCGGUCCUUCGGGAUCAACCGAUCGAUCCCGAGGUCUCGUCCAACCCGAAGAGAAGAUCGUCCUUCGAGCUGGAUCAACGCGAAUAAUCAUAACCAACGACUGCCAAAAAAUGGUUUAUGUUAUUCGACGUCGGACAGACGAAGACACCGAGGGAAACGUUCGGGGCUUCAUCGAUUACGUACGCGAUCGGCCAGAGAUCGGUAACUGGCCGAUGGCGAUGAAGAAAACAUGAGAGAUAACGAAGAAGCUGUUAAAACUGCCGAAAACAUUCCCCGACGAACAAGACUUUUUUAUGUAAUUCCCAGUCCGUCCCCCCCCCCCCCCCCACUCAAUAUUUUUUAUACAAUUUUUGCAAGAAAACGGUGGCGAAAUAAAGCUUUUCUAUGUAUUUUUUUUACAUAAGAAAAAAAAACGAGAAAAA